CUCGUUCGUUUCACAUUUUGAUAUACUUUAAUUUACUAAUACGAGUGUAGUAUUUGAAUCUCUUUUAUCCUCUUUUAUCCGUUUACCUUUGCUAAAGCUCUGUUUACAAUGUGAAAUAUGUAGUUUAAUUCACAUUGCUACUAAGCUUUUGUCUAGUGGUAGAUCCUCUCAGCGGAAGUACUGUACGCUGGAAAAUAUCGAUUUAGAGUAUAAAAUCUUCGAGAUGGCACUAGGGAAUCGUUUUAACGUGCUAUUACCAGCUUUUAGGGGUUAAUAAAAACGUGUUAUUCUUGCUUCUCUUUCACAUGACACUCGUAACUUCCCGCACUCUUCCACAGAUCCUCCCACUAGUAGUUCUCACACUCCUGCUCGUGUACUCCGGUGUAAACUACGAGUGAACUUUAUUGCUGUCUAAAACUCAGCUUUAAGUUUUACAUUUUUACUUUCGGAUUAAAAUUAUAUAAGGAAGACUGCGGCUGAUUCUUCUGCCUACAGCAGAUCUGUUUGCUAAUGGAGACACUGAUGAGCCAUUACUUUCCCAGAAUCUUCUGAGUUCAAUCAUGUCAGUCUGGCUUUUGUGUGCUUUGCUUUCUUCUCUGAUUUGCCAAACGGAACAGGAUGGGCACUCACUUCCUAUAAAAGAGGUGAAAGUAUAUGCAGAAAAAACGGACACAUCAGAUUUCGGUGAAUGGGUGUUGAACGUCGAAUGGAGAGAUGAGUUGAAAGCUGGAAAUAAUGAAUCCAGGAAAGUCAGCUAUGACAUGGAGGUUCUUCGUACUGAACAGAUGAGGACUGUUCACUCUGAAACUAUACAUGUGACGCCAGACAAUACAGCCCUUCAUCACUGGAAAUGGACCUCACCUAUACCAUUGCAGUGCACUUCCCAUUCGGUCAGACUUAGGCGUCGAGAUCAGCAUCACAUUGGUGAAUGGACACCAUUAUACACCUACAAAGGAAAAGAUGUUGGUGCCACAGAAUUAGUUGUCUAUCCUCAAGAUCAAGCUUACGUGGUUGGGAGUAACAUCACAUUUUGUUGCAUCCUGGAGACCGGGGAUGUUCUAUUGUCCAGUUCUACAUUUCCAAACCGCAUUAGCAACAGGACGUAUAUCACAGAACCAGUUCACUUUGACAGCCCUUCUAAUUCAUCCUCAGACAUACCCUGUGAUGUUAAUCGAGGCAUUUCAAAAAACAUUUCAGUAGGCUCUGCAGUAUUUAUUGGCUAUCCCCCAGAUGACCAUAGUCUUAUAUGUGAGACACAGGAUCUCAGCUCUGUGAAGUGUCGCUGGGAACAAGGCCGAGCAACCCACCUGACUGCUGUUAAAACAAAGACAAUUUACACACUUAAUGGAAGAAAUUGUGAAUUCAAUAAAUGUGUCCUGCCUGCGGUGCUAAAGCAGGUGACAAACUGGACUCUGAUUGCCAAAAAUCCUCUUGGUGUGAAGACUCUCACUGAUACAGCUGACCCCUCACACCGGGUAUUGUUGAGAGCACCCAGUAAAUUAUCCCAUACUGCUUAUGCAAGAAGUGUCACUCUUAACUGGACAUGGGACAUGAUAAAUUAUUCUUCCUUUCCGAUGAUUUGUCGAGUGAUGCUCUUACAACGUAAAAGCACUUACAAUAAAACCUUCAGAGGAAAGGGACUGUCAUCAAUUGUCCUUGACCAUCUGCAGCCCUUUACUAAAUACACAGCUAGUGUGAGUUGUGGGUCUGAUGAGCACUUCUACAAUUGGAGUGAGUGGAGUGAUAUUACUUUCACCACUAAAGAGCACAUUCCAGAAGCAGUCGAUGUUUGGUUUCAGCAUCUUAAACAAAAUACAUGUGUUCUGUGGAAGCCUCUAACUCAACAACAAAGCCAUGGGAUAAUUACGAAAUAUGAACUUACCAAAGGCGAGAGGAGAGAAAUUGACGUAGGUCUAAACAAGCUGUGCUACAAUUUCACCCUUGGGAAUGAAAGAAGUGAUCAAAUCAUCACAGUCUCAGCAAGAAACUCUGCUGGUCUUUCUCCUCCUUCUACAAUCAUUGUCCCGGGUUAUCCUGGCAGUGAAGUGGAUUUAAGCCCAAUCAUUAGUCGUAAUGGUGUCUUUGAAAUGGUUUGGGAAUGGGACGAAUACGAUUCCACUUGUGGUUAUGUUGUUGAAUGGUUUCCAACCUACACUGAUGAUGAACAACGUACUGUAGAAUGGAUGAAGAUCACAGAUUGUGAACAUGCCACUUGUCGAGCCCAGAAUCUGUCUUGUAAGUCAGGAGAGAAAUGUACUGUCUCGGUCUAUGCCUGCAUUGAAAAUAAACCAGUGCUUCGAAAGAGGAGUGAGGGAUAUGCUAUAGAGGAAGAACCAUCAGGGACAGUUCAGAAUCUGAGUGGUAAACAGAAUGGCAGAAACCUUGAACUUUACUGGGACGAAGUGCCCUUAGAACAGCAAAAAGGCUUCAUACAGGGCUACAAGGUCGUAACGUUUCUUUCUGGUUCCAAAACACCUGUUAACACAACAAUGACAAAAGAGCGUAGAGUUAAUUUGAUCUUAGAUCCAGGCAUCUACAUCUUCAGUGUUAGUGCCUUUACAUCUGGAGGAUAUGGUGGUAACACUACAUUCAGAAUGGUCAUGGAAAAAGACAUUGACCAGAUGAUUGCGACCACUGUGGUGGGUUGUAGUGCAGCAACUCUUGUCUUCAUUGUCAUCACAGUCCUGUGCUACAGAAAGAGAAAAUGGUUGAAGAAAUUAUUGUAUCCAGAUAUUCCUGAACCAAAACUUGCAGGGAAAUGGAAUACAAAGGGCAUUUAUUGUACCCAGAUGACUGAGGGAUAUAUGAAGUGUGAGAUCCAAGAGGUCCAGAGUUCCGAGUGUCCUGCAACAGCAGAAAGUACACAUUGCCUUGAUCUCAUCAGCUCUCAUCAGCUCAAGUCCAAAGUGUUUCCUGAACAAUAUUUCUACCAGAAUAUAUCUGAAUCUCCAGCUGAUGUCUCAUACUAUCCUCCUCCAUGGCUCUGUGCUCAGAAGCUUACCUCAAUUAUUGAAAACCCUUCUUAUAAUAUGACCAUUCCUGUCACCCAGAUAUCUGAGCUUGCUCUAGAAAUGCAGGAUAGUUACCUCCCAGCGCCUAACUUUGUUCAGAAAGAUUGUGUUCCUGAACAAGACAAUGUUGCCCAGAUAUCUGAGCUUGCUUUGGAAAUGCAGGAUAGUUACCUCCCAGCGCCUAACUUUGUUCAGAAAGACUUUGUUGUUAAAGACUCCGCAUGCUACAAGCCCCAAUCAACAUAACCUACAAAUGUAUAGCUAGAUAGACCUCAGUGUAGUGCUAUGUAAUGCACACAAUGUAUAUAUUAAUUAUGCCAGUGAAUUAAUGUUAUUUAUAAGGUAUUGUACUGUUUUCUCAACACUGUCUCUUGUAAAAUAAGUAGUGAAAAUGCAGUUUUUUUAAGUACUGUGGUGAAAUAAAGCUGUGACCUUUCUUUAAAUUGCCUCUGUAAAUUGGCAUUGUAUUUCACUAUAGUAUUUAUUUACAUUUAUCUGUAUUACACACUCUUUCAAUGUAUAUGUGUGACCCCUGUAAAUUUAACCUUGGUGUUGUUAGCAUUAUGCUCCAAUAGAGCAAUAGUUCCCUCUUGUGGACUGAAGACUAUCAAUUUCAUGACAAAUAUUUUACAUUUUCAUCCAUAAUAAUAAACCAUAAUAAAAGUAAUGCAACUUUAGUUGAAGUUGUUUUCAGUGAA